AGCGCGCGUCGAUUUUUUUUUUUUUUUCUUCUACUCGUUCCUCCUUUCGUCCGUCUUUCCGGAGCUAGAAGCUUUUUCAUUUCCCUCUGCGCGUAUACUCGCCCCGACGAUUCUCAAUAAAUCUAUCGUAAUCGGCUUCGAGCAAAAGGGGAGCUUGCGAAGAUAAGCGUGGUGUGCUUGCGCGCGGGCGCGCGCGCGGGAUUUGAAAAGAGUGCGGAAGAGCUGCUGCUGCUGCUGCUGCUAAGAUGAUUCGCGUGGACGAGACAGAUCCUGUGGGCGAAAUCGAGCCGAGCUUCCCCUACAGAGACGUGACGGUCCGCAAGGGCGUCGAAUUCAAGGACCAUUAUGACAUCGAAUCCGAAAUUGGCAGGUAUGACCGUGAAGCUUUCCGGCUGCUGCGCAUUCCCACAACGAUGAUCGACGCUGCUAACUGGACCAAAUCUUCCCACGCAACUGUUCUUCCGUACAUUUGAAUGUUACGCGCUCCGCUGCGCCAUACUCUCCAGGCAGCCUAAAGAAUCCGCAUUUGAUGGCAUAAAAGCUCAGGAACUUGGCAGAGCCGAGGCAAGUUUGGCACGGUGUACCGGUGCAAGGAGAAGAAGACGGGCCUGACACUCGCGGCCAAGGUGGUCAAUACCACGAGGAAGGAGGACAGACGAGCCGUCGAGCGCGAGGUCGAGAUCAUGAGGCGGCUGCAGCAUCCCAGGCUCAUACAGCUCUACGACGCCAUCGAGAACGGCAAGCAGAUCUACGUCGUGCUCGAGCUAAUCGAGGGAGGCGAGCUCUUCGAGCGAGUGAUCGACGACGACUUUGUCCUGACGGAGCGAAGCUGCGCCGUCUUCAUGCGGCAGAUCUGCGAGGGAAUCGAGUUCGUGCAUUCCCAAAAUAUCAUCCACCUCGACAUGAAGCCCGAGAACAUACUCUGCCUGACGAAAGAGGGCAACCGGAUCAAGAUCAUCGACUUCGGCCUGGCGCGCGAGUGGGACCCGAAGAAGAAGCUGCAGGUGCUCUUCGGCACGCCGGAAUUCGUCGCCCCGGAAGUCGUGAAUUUCGAUCAGAUCGGCUUUGGGACCGACAUGUGGAGCAUCGGCGUCAUCUGCUACGUGCUGCUGUCCGGACUGUCGCCGUUCAUGGGGGACACGGACGUGGAGACGAUGGCGAACGUGACCAUAGCCAAGUACGACUUUGAUCACGAGGCCUUCGCCGACAUCUCCGAGGACGCCAAGGACUUUAUCAGAUGCCUCCUGGUCAAAGACAUCUCAAAACGCGCGAGCGCCAAGCAGUGCCGCGAGCAUCGCUGGCUCUUCCGCAAGCCUCAGCCGCCGGUGGUGACAGCUGCGAAACCGCCUCAGCAGCCGCAACAGCCGCAACAGCCGCAACAGCCGAGCCGCACCAAGAGAACGACUACGCCGACGAAAGAGCCGCUCGCCUCGACCAGCGCUGGCUCCGGCCUAGCCGAGCUCGACGUCACCAAGGACAACCUGCGCCUGUUCGUCGAGCGCUGGCGAGAGCACCCGGACAGUCCGUACACCAUCGAGAACGCGCCUCUGGAGAGACAGAGCUCGCACGAGACGGUCUCGCUGAGGGGACAGAGUCCAUCGCCCUGCGGGAGCAUCCGCAGCUCGACGAGCAGCGCGGACUCCCAGAGUCCGGACGGGAACGGCUUCUUCCUGGCGGUGCCGGACCUGGCGCUCGCGCUCGAGAGGCGAGCCUCCGAGGGAAGGGCGGCCGUCGACAAGAACAAGAUAGACCCGGCCUCGCAGAUUCUCCUGGCCGAGGAGAUCAUCAGACUGUCCGAGCAUCUGAGGUCCAUCGCCGUCGCGCCCGCCAAGAAGCUCGAGCAGAGGGACGCGGAGCAGAAGAACAGCGAUGUCGCCAAGAAGACGAAGGGCAAGAGCAAGCCGGCCGUGGCGGCGAAGGAGACGGAGAACGACGUGAACGAGAUCUCGGAGAAGCUGUCGAACAUCACGCGGCAGCGCAAGCUCAACGGCACGACCUUCAACGGCAGCCGGAAUCUCGACAAGUACAACAGCGCCAGCGCCAACUUGUUCGAGCUCAAGCGAUCUUCGAAAACGACCGGCAGCAGCACCAUCACCACCACGACCUUCAGCAGCAGCUCCACCAGCUCCUCCAACAAGACCACGACGAACGGAACCGCCGCCGCCGCCGCCGCCGCCGCCGCCACCGCUAACAAAGCCAAAAUUCCGGACGACCUGGACUUGGCCCUGUCGCCCACGAGGCAGCGGAUGAGGGACUUCCGAGAGAUGGACCUGACGCCGCCGUGGCGACAAGCCAGGGUGAAGCGUCGCUUCGGCGAGACGUGUCGCGACGUGCCGAGGAUCGCGACGCUCCAGGAUCUCCACAAGACUAUGAACCUGGACGAGCCGACGAGCACGAAGAACCUGCUGCUGCAGCUGAUCGACGAGUGGGGCGAGGUGAGGCGACCCGGCGGUGCCGGCGGUCGCAAGAGCAUCAGCCUCGACUGGUGCGGCGAGGAGUCCGUCGCGAGGAAGUCCAUCAACUCGCUGGCCGAGUACUUCCAAUCCGAACAGCAGAAGGUCAGCACUGCGCCGACGACCAGUCACGGCUCGUCGGUGCAUCGCUGAGGAAGACAGGAGUGUCGUCUCUGAUGGAUCGCGCACAGUGAGAAAUGAGAAACUCUUAUAGUGGAUCGAAGUCGAAAAUGUUGUAGACAUAUAAGUGUACAUUUUUACACGCCGUAGCGCGUCUGCGUGCGAUGUUGCACUGUGCUUUGAUAAAAGAAAUCUCACGCGCGAGCUUAUGUAACGGUGUAAGAAAUAUAUAGAGUAGACAUUCCUAUACGUUGCAGCAUCGUUUUUCGAUCCGACGUGGCGAGAUUUUCGGAGCGCAACCUUUGGUAAGAAUGUGAAAUAGCUUUUAUUCACUACACGUUCUAACUAUCCGCGUUCAAGACUUACUUUUUGUCGUUUUUCAAUUUUUAGUUCAAUUCUUCCUACAUAUGAUUAAUUAAAAAAAAAAAAAUGUUUGUAGAUCUUUCCAAGCGUACGUUUCAUUUACUGUGAUCAUGCACGCGUUCUCGGCUUCACAGCGAAAAUCGCCGAUGGUAGAAUGUCCGAGCGCGUGUACACCGCAGAAAUUCCGACGAUCCUCUUAGUACAGUAGUCGUCGGCGGUCGGGGAAGAAAAAAAUAAAAUUUCUCGAACGUGACGCUCGAAAAGAAAGACUCGAGCGCACAGAGAAUUAGCAUCGGUGGAACGGAAUGCGGAUUAAUCUCUCGAUGUGUAUAGCGCAAAAUAUAGUGUGAGCGCGUUCUCGUGGAAUUGGAAAAAGUCUGAUGGAAGUAUGCCAAAAACUAUAUAGAAACCUAAAAGUUCGAUCUUACAACCGAGUGGUCGUGAGCGCGAAGCGAGAAAUCGCGUGAUUUAUGCGUUUCUGUAUAUUGUUUUUUUUUUUUUUUUUUUUUCAUCGCGAUGUGUGUAUUUCCGUGCACGAUUUUUCGUUAUCCAAGCAAGCUAGAGCGACAGAAUAUAAUAUAUAAUAAUAACGUUUCUGGAGAAGUGGAGUAUAAUAGAAUAUUUUUAUAUAAUUGUCGUCGCGCGCGCGAACGCACGCCUAUAUACGCCGCUUUAUUUAUACCUUUUUGUUUUCUGGCGCUUUAACUUGCGAGUGACACAUGUAUGUACACGAAACUACAUUGUAGACACAAUUGUAUACACGUAGAAGUCAGCGAAUAUUUAUUACAUAAUUAUCGACUGCGAGAAAUAAGAAUGAUACGAAUAUACAUCUAUUAAAUUAUACACAUAAGUUUAAGAAUAUACAAGGAUGUUGUUGAAAAAAAAAAAAGAAAAUC